CCUCAGCACAACGACACAAACGGCCAACUUGGGCAUCGGGCAGAGCCAAGUUCGUUUUGAACGUGCAAACCCUCUCGAUCCACUCGCUGCCUGUUUCCGCUCCCUCACACCUCACCUCACCUCACCUCACUUCAAACCUCCCUCCUUUUUUCGCAACAGCCACCCCGACGCCCGCCCGCCUUCCCUCGGCUCCGCGACGACCCUGACUGCCAAUUGCCAGCUCCGCCCCGGCGGAACAUUCCUGUGUCUCCGGAGGGUGCCAUCGCCCGGGCACUGGACACCUUUUUCCUCGCCCCCCGUUUCUGCUGGCCAGGCCCUGCGACUCCGCUCCUGCGCUUCUUCCCCCCCCCCUCGAUCGUCCACCCGAGCGUGCGAAGUGAGCCGGACGAGAAUACCCUUGGGCUUGGGCAGGGACCACGACACGGCCUUGGCCUCUUCCUUGCCGCCGCUGCCGCCACCCCUUCUUACUGCCGCCACCGCUGCCGCUGCCGCUGCCGGCCGACGACGAAGCGCUGCCAACGACUGCCGCAUCCGCCACCCUCUUUGGCCUCGUCUGCGUUCUUGUCGUUGUCGCCGCGGCCGCCACGUCCUGCGAAGCCACGCAAGCGAGGCGUCGCUGAGGCCCUGGCCGAGCACCCCUUGUCACACACGUUUUGCCGCACACGCAACAGACAAAACGCAGAUCGAGCACGUCGACACCGGCGGCGGCGCUCCCCCGUCGAACGUCGACUGUCCGGCCAUCCGGAUAGCCGCGAUUUUGGGCUCUUGACUGCUGGCGGCCCUCGAGGCUUGGCUACGCCCUCACAAUGUCGGAUUAUCCCUAUGAUCCUCGAGCGGCUCCGCAGCGCCCACGCGGCUACCCCGAAGCGAACAACCAUCAGCGAGAUGCCGCCUUCUCCAAUAUCUUUGGCGCCGCUCCGCCCCCCGGCCGGUCCCAAACCAUGACCUCGUCGAGCGCGUACCCGGGCAUGAUGGAACCGGGCAGAACUCAGACCAUGUCAUCGAUGGCCGGCCCGGGCCAGCACCGCCCGCCGCCUCCCCGAGCGCCACCACAGGGCCCGCCGCAGGGCUAUCAUAAUUAUGGCGACCGCGAUCCCAUGGCGGGGAGGAGCCGGCCGGCAGACCACCCCAACGGCUAUUAUCCUUCCCAGCGCUCCGCCUCCGGGGGGCCGAUGCCUUCUUCGCAGGCGCAUUAUAUGCAACAACAACAGCAGCAGCAUCAGCAGCAACAACAACAACAACACCACCCGCAGAACCGGCGACCCUACACAGGCCCCGGCAACCCGCCCCCGCGGUUUGAGUCUCGCGGCCCGCCUCCGCAGGCUGCCGGAGCAAGAUAUCAGCCGCAGCAGAGGCCGUACCCUGGGGGGCCCGGUCCCGCGCCGGCGCUGAACAACGACCCGUAUCGCUCGCAGUCUCUCGCCUCGGCGCCGCGCCCAGCCAUGUACCACCCGCCCCCGAGCUCGUAUCAACAGCAGUCGCCCGCGAACCACUUCCGACACGCGCAGUAUAGCCACCAGAAUUCGGCCAGGACCACGGCCCAGGGCAGGGUCGUGCCGGAGAGGCACGAGGACCGCACCAUGUCCAUGACGGGGGGCUAUCACCCGCAAGACAGAGACGCCCAUCAGACAAUGAGCGGCCGGGUCAUUCCUAACCGUCGGGCUCCCGCUGAGCCGCCCAUCUCCAACGGCUACCCGGCGCAGAAUGGCUAUCCGAGCGCGCCUGGCUCGCAGACGCGCACGACGAGCAUGUCGUCCUCCACAGCCGGGCCCAACCAUUCCAGGACCAUGUCGAUGGCGUCGAGCAUCGCUCCGACGAUAACGCCGUCCGAGUCGGAUUCCUCGACCCUCGUCCAGCGUCCGUCGCGCAGCAAGUCCGUCGAGAGCGAUCGCCCCGCCACGGCGACCAAGAUCCGGCCGCCCCUCGUGUACCCGGCACUCCUCUCCAGGGUUGCAGAGUGCUUCCGCAGAAAGAUCAUCAUCGGCGACCGAACGAAGAACGAGCUCACGUACAAGAACGCCUUCAGCGGCUCCGAGGCGGUGGACGUGCUGUCAUACAUCAUCAGGACGACGGACCGGAACCUGGCGCUGCUCCUGGGCCGAGCGCUCGACGCGCAAAAGUUCUUCCACGACGUGACGUAUGAGCACCGGCUGCGAGACUCGCAGUCGGAAAUGUACCAGCUCAGGGAGACGCUGAUGGACGAGCCCGAGGACAAGUCUCCCGUCAACGGCGUCUUCGUGUUGCUCUCGGAGUGCUACUCGCCGACCUGCACGCGCGACCAGCUCUGCUACUCCAUCGCUUGCCCGCGCCGUCUGGAGCAGGUGUCCCGGCUCAACCUCAAGAUGGGCCCCGGCCUGCGCAAGGAAGACUCGGCCAACGUCAACGACGACGAGGUCGACCAGACGGACGAGCAGAAGCUCUGGAUCAACUCGGUGCCCAAGGAGAUUGCCGACGCCGUCACCGAGCGGGAGAAGAAGAGGCAGGAGGUCAUCUCGGAAAUCUGCUACACCGAGAGAGACUUUGUCAAGGACCUCGAGUAUCUUCGCGACUUCUGGAUCCUGCCCCUGCGGUCCAAGGCGUCGCCGAUCCCCCUGCAGCGCAGGGAGAGGGUUGUGAAGAACAUCUUCAGCAACAUUGUCGACCACCCCAGCAUUCACACGGUCAGCUCGCGGUUCGCGACGUCGUUGACAGGCCGUCAGCAAAAGGAUCCCAUCGUGCACAACAUUGGCGACAUCUUCCUCGAGUUCGUGCCGCAGUUCGAGCCCUUCAUCUACUACGGCUCGAGGCAGCUGGAAGGCAAGUUUGAGUUUGAGAACGAGCGGUCUAGCAACCCGGCGUUCACCAAGUUCGUGGACGAGAUUGAGCGGCGCAAGGAGUCGAGGAAGCUGGAGCUCAACGGCUACCUCACCAAGCCCACGACGCGCCUGGCCCGCUACCCGCUGCUGCUCGAGAACGUGCUCAAGUACACCGAGGGCGACAACCCCGACAAGGAGGACAUCCCCAAGGUGCUGACGGUGAUCCGAGACCUGCUCGGCCGGGUCAACGCCGAGUCGGGCAAGGCCGAGAACAGGUUCAACCUGAAGCGGCUGCACGACCAGCUGCGGUUCCGGCCCAACGAGCGCGUCGACCUCAAGCUCACCGAGGAGGGCCGCGAGCUCGUGUUCAAGAGCCAGCUCAAGAAGUCGCCCACGGAUCCGACGGAAAUCACGGCGUUCCUGUUCGACCACGCCGUGCUCCUCGUGCGCAUCAAGCAGACCGGCAAGACCGAAGAGAUCAAGGCGUACCGCCGGCCCAUUCCGCUCGAGCUCCUCUCCAUCCGAGAGAUGGACGAGGUCAUCCCCGUCCAGGGCAUCAAGCGGUCGUCGUCGAGCCUGAUCCCGUCCAUCAGGACCAACACGAGCGACGCCAAGAAGGGAGAGGGGUGGCCCAUCACGUUCCGCCACUUAGGCAAGGCCGGCUACGAGCUGAUGCUCUUCGCCGCCAACCAAGCCGCGCGCAAGAAGUGGCUCGAGUUCAUCGACAACGCGCAGCAGCGCCUGCGGUCGCGCGCCGAUUUCUUCAACACCACCGUCAUCUCCAGCAACUUUUUCGUGGGCACCAACCAGAUCAACUGUGUCACGCCGUUUGACGGCGGGCGCAAGCUCCUGUUUGGCACCGACAACGGCAUCUACCUCGCAGAUCGCAAGAACCGCGAGCAGGUCCCGAGGAGAGUGCUGGAGACGACAAACGUGACGCAGAUUGACAUCCUGGAGGAGUACCAGCUGCUGCUCGUGCUGUCUAACAAGACGCUGCAGUCAUACUCUCUCUCGGCCCUGAACCCAGACGAGCCGGCCCUCGCCAAGCGGCCGAAGAAGAUCCAGAACCACUGCAGCUUCUUCAAGACGGGCAUCUGCCUGGGCAGGCACCUCGUCUGCUGCGUCAAGUCGUCUGCGCUGUCGACCACCAUCAAGGUGUUUGAGCCCAACGACGCCAUGACCAAGGCCAAGAAGCAAAAGGGCCUGGGCAAGUUCAUGGCCGGCGGCCAGGACGAGCUGCGGCCGUUCAAGGAAUUCUACAUCCCGACCGAGUCCUCUUCUGUGCAUUUCCUCAAGUCUAAGCUGUGCGUGGCGUGCGCGAGAGGCUUCGAGGUGGUGUCGCUCGAGACCCUCGAGACGCAGUCGCUCUUGGAUCAGGCAGACACGUCGCUCGACUUUGUGGCGCGCAAGGAGGGCGUCCGGCCCAUCCACAUAGAGCGUCUCAACGGCGAGUUCCUCCUCAACUACUCCGAGUUUUCGUUCUUUGUCAAUAGGAACGGCUGGCGAGCCCGGCCAGAGUGGCGCAUCGACUGGGAGGGCACGCCCCAGAGCUUCGCCCUCAGCUACCCCUGGAUCCUGGCCUUUGAGCCCAACUUUAUCGAGCUGCGCAACAUUGAGAACGGCGCGGUCCACAUCGUGCCGCAUAAGAACAUUCGCAUGCUUCACAGCAGCACCCACGAGAUUUUGUUUGCAUACGAGGACGAGCGAGGAGAAGACGUCGUCGAGGCCAUUGACUUUUGGAAGAAUACGCGAAAGUCAGAACUGCUCCCCGGCUCCCUGUCCUCUCCACACCUCAGCAAUCCGUCGUCGCCACGGUAGCAGCCCACAUCCUCUGCGUUAGGCCUCCCGCACUGAAUAGACUAGAAUUUUCCUUGCCAGGAAACUCUUUGCUGCAUGGGCAGGGCAUGUUUUGCGUUGCGCUCCAUGUUUUUUCACGCCCCAUUUCGCGUCCUCCGCAUCUGCUGGAAGCCGCCCCUCAUCGCCGACAGCGCGCGGGGCUCCAGCGGCCUACAGUUUUCGCAUACGGCAAGCGGUCUUUGCAGCGAGGCGACAGAAGGGGUCACGGGAUGCACUUUGGCAUGCUUCGCCCGGGGGUGGAGGCAAGAGAGGCGAGGCGGGGUGUGUUGACUAUGUAGGCAGCGUCGCGCACCGGCCGCGAACAGGCAGAAGGGAGGUUGGUUCGGUCCGCGACGGCCAGCCCUCUUCUUUUCAUUUUCUUCUUCUUCUUCUUCCUCUUUUCGUUAUCCUCUCUCGUCUUGCGGCAAAACCCAUACCUCACUUUUUUUUCCGAGCCUGUGGCAAGGGGUGGUGGUCUUAAUGUUCCUUUCUUGCGGUCCUCAGUGUGGGGGGGGAUCCGCGUGAAGUUGGGGAAGGCGACGCAGG